AUGGAGAUGGCUGGUAGUGGAAUGGUGACAAAAGGCAGAGGAGACAAAUCUGUGGCUUUUAAUGUGAGCAUUUAUGGAUUAUGGGGGCAGAGGGAGAGGGAUGUUGUCUUGCCUGCUUGCGACACUGGGUAUGUUCUGCAGUUUGGAGAGGGAGCGAAUGAGUUAAGAAAGAGAAGUGUUAUAAGGAGUGUUGCAAAGGCUGGUAUGAGGUGUAAGGUGCAGAUUUUGGAGGAGCAGCUUCUUUCACUCUUGCUUCCUAUAGCUACCAUGAUUCGCUCUUUCAUGGCCGCACAAAUGGCACGUUUCGAUCAUACCUUGGAUAAUAUCAAUUAG